AGGGGUCCAGGCAUUUCGACACCACAACAUCAGCGCUACAACGCGAAUGGGUCAUCGCAAAUAAAAGACAAGGACGCAUUCACCGAGCAUGAUUCGACCUUGGGAGCUUUUCCGGGCUGAGACCCUUGACAUUCGUCUCUCGCCAACGACAAACGCACCUCUCCCAAGCGCAAAGCCGUCGAGAUGGAAUACUUCGGAAUAUUACCUUUACUACCUGGCAUUCCUUACCAUUCCGGUUUUGAUGUUUAAAUCAGUAUACGAUGUCUCGCAACCUUCUCAUCCGAUGUACAAGCAUUACGCUCACCUUUUGUCGCCGGGUUGGAUUCCCGGGCGGCAAGUUGAUAACUCAGAUGCGCAGUAUUCGAAUUUCAGGGACUUCAUUCCCUACAUGGCUUUACUCUUGACCUUGCAUCCACUUUUACGAGUCAUUGCCAACGUAGUUACUGGGUCUCCAGCUCCUCGCAAUGGGGCAAGCCAAUCGAAGAAAGCCUCAGCAGAACAAGCGGACUGCAGAUUGAAAUCCCGAGUCAACUUUGAUCUAGUUUUUACUGCCAUUUUUAUGGUUGCACUUCAUGGCAUUUCCGCCUUCAAGAUUCUCUUCAUUCUCUACGUCAAUUACCAUGUGGCUAUGUCUCUGCCCAGGAAGUACGUUGGUGUUGCGACCUGGAUCUUCAAUAUGGGAGUUCUGUUCAGCAACGAAUUAUGCCAUGGCUAUCGAUUUACGGAUCUAUCGAUCAUUCUCUCUUCAACUCCAAUUAACGCCAACACUAGCCUGGGCGCCACUAUCGACAGCUAUGGUGGACUCAUCCCUCGUUGGGAGAUUUUCUUCAACAUUACAGUCCUUCGACUGAUUUCCUACAAUUUCGAUUAUAUUUGGAUGCUCGAACGCGGCACGAGCAAUGCCAUCGAGAAGAAAUCGCUCGACCCUGCUGCACUUCCCGAUAGGGAGAGGGUUGCCAUGGGAGCACAACCAAAGGACUUCACAUUUCCCAACUACGUUGCAUUUGUACUUUAUGCUCCACUUUACCUCGCCGGUCCGAUCGUGAACUUCAACGACUAUAUUUCGCAAUGUCGCUAUCCGUCAGCAUCGAUUUCGUUCUCACGAACCUUUCCGUACGCCGUCCGCUUCCUACUCUGCCUCCUCACCAUGGAACUUGUUCAGCACUACCUCUACGCUGUCGCCAUCAACAAUGCCAAACCGGACUGGUCCCUCUACACUCCAUUCCAGCUUUCAAUGCUGGGGUAUUUCAACCUACACAUCAUCUGGCUGAAGCUACUACUUCCAUGGCGCUUCUUCCGACUUUGGGCUCUCGUGGAUGGAAUCGAUCCACCCGAGAACAUGGUCCGAUGCAUGUCGGACAAUUACUCCGCCCUUGCAUUCUGGCGAGGAUGGCAUCGCUCGUUCAAUCGAUUCAUUGUCCGCUACAUCUUCGUUCCACUGGGCGGCAGUCGAGGUUUGUCAAAGCCACGCAUGAUCGCCAACUUCCUCCUGGUCUUCACGUUUGUAGCAGUAUGGCACGAUCUCAAUCUUCGGCUUUUGACCUGGGGUUGGCUCAUUACUCUAUUCGUCUUGCCGGAGAUCAUUGCCACGCUGCUCUUCCCAGCGAAGAACUACAGGAAUCGCCCAAAUACGUACCGCUGGCUGUGUGGCCUCGGCGCGGUCUUUAACAUUCUCAUGAUGAUGGUCGCAAAUUUAGUUGGAUUUGCUGUCGGUGUGGAUGGUCUGAAGGGACUUGUGACUGGCAUCGUCGGUGACCUGGGAGGUAGGAUAUUCUUCGUCGGCGCAUGUGCCACUCUCUUCGUGGGUAGCCAGGUCAUGUUCGAGUGGAGAGAGAGCGAGAAGAGGAGAGGCAUAGAUUUGAAGUACUAGUUUCCUUCAUUUCUGCGAAUAAACACAUGAUCUCAGCCUGGCUAAUAAUUUUAAUCAUCAACGCCCUCGGCCUGACCAGUAGAUGGUAUCAAUGGCUCAAAACAGCGAUUUUACAGCGCCGGCACGCAAAAGUAUACCCAUAAAUUGGCCAAGGCCGUCAAAGAACGCGCAUCCCCAGGACAAAUUCAUUGGGAGUUGUGCCUCAAUCAUUCCAAAUGAAACGCCCGAAGAAUACACAUAAAGCCUUGCUCGCACCGUACAUGCAAUAAUGCACCACCUUCAGCUUC